AUGGCAUCCUCAGGACUAGGCUCGAUCUCGCACCCAGCCUCUUCACACGCUGGUGGAACUCUGCGGCAAGAAGCUGGCGCGCUCGCACGGCAGGUUAAUCGCCUACUGAAUCGCCAGCUUUCGUCUGUAUGCCAGGUCAACGGCGUUAAGAGCACUGGAAUCAAGGCGGAACUACAGGGCCGCAUACAUAAUCUCAUCCAAGAGGCCGUCAACGCCAACGACCCUCUUCGUCUUCACCAAAUUCGCCAGAGCGUGCACAAUACUAUCUCGAAUUCGCUUGCCAGCUCUUCGCCUUCUCGAACGACUCUCGCGCACUCACAUAGUCAUGCUCCCUCUGCGGCAUUCGGAUUGUCCACCAUGUCAUUCCCCAAUACCCACAAUAGCCUGUCUAAUGGUCAGCGCUUUGGCGGAUCGCAAGCAAUGACAGUCGCCUUCAAGUCGAGCCCGUUUUACCAGAUCGAGGCGACUGUUGGUGACGUGAAGGUUUGCGAUGUCAUGUCGCAGCACCGUAACACGGUACCAUACACCAUCAGAGUCGAGGACCAUCCUUAUCUACAGAAGUGUGUCGAGAAUCCUUCGUACCGAGUGAUGAUCUUUUGCGCCGGAGAGUGCUUAGGGACGCAAGAAGUCGCAUUCCCCCAUCAGUCGGAGCUCAAGGUUAAUGGUGGUGAGAUCAAAGCCAAUUUGCGCGGCUUGAAGAACAAACCUGGUUCUACUAGACCGGUUGACAUCACUAAAGCGCUCAGGCUCCGUCCAAAAUACACCAACAACGUUGAAUUUACAUAUGCGUUGACGUCCAAGAAAUUCUACCUCGUAGUCAACAUCUGCAAGAUCACUUCUGUUGAAGAGCUUGCAGGGCGCAUAGCUGCUGGCAAGAAAAUAUCGAUCGAGUCUGUGAAGCAAGAACUCAAUGCCAAAGCACAGGAUCCCGAUGUGGUGGCAACUUCCCAAGUUCUAUCUCUCAAAUGUCCAUUGUCGUACAUGCGCUUAAUGCUUCCGUGUCGUGGCUUUACUUGCACACAUCUACAAUGCUUUGAUGCUACGUCGUAUCUUCAACUGCAAGAGCAGGGCCCGCAAUGGCAGUGCCCCAUCUGCUAUAAAUCUGCGACUUUUGAUCAGUUGGCUGUUGAUUGCUAUGUGAAGGACAUCCUUGCAAAGACAUCCAAGAGCCAAGAAACUGUAAUAAUCGAGCCCAACGGCGACUGGCAUACCAAGAGUUCUGAAGACAGUAGUCAGGGGCAGACUAACGGCAACUCUUCGCAUCAAGGUACUUACGAUGAUGAUGAUGAUGACGACGAUGACCUGGUAAUAUCAGAAGUUAACCCCAUCGGCCAUCGUCGGGUGGAAACACCCAAGAAUGGCACCCCGAGUGUCAAUACACCUGGGACUACAGGUCGGGACACUUCAUCUGCCGGUCCUCGAGGAAUGGGAUCUAUCAGUGGCAAACGGCCAGCGGCCGCUAUCAUCGACCUGACCCUCUCGGAUGAUGAUGACGACGACCCAGCUCCUCCCACCAAGAGGCAGAACACUUCGACGAAUGGAUAUUCGGGAUCGAACGGUCUAUCUGGUUCCUCUCCAAUAUCCCCUAACGGUCUUGGGUAUCUAUAG